UGGCUGCUGGGCUUGGGGGCGGGACUUCAUGGACGCUCUCCCCAUUCAUAGGUUGGGAAGUGGCAGAGUUCCGGAGAGCGCGUACUGAAACUGUGGCAAUGGAGGAAACCAGCGGCUUCCGGAAGGAGCUGGUGAGCAGACUACUGCACCUGCACUUCAGGGAUUGCAAGACUAAAGUCAGUGGGGAUGCACUGCAGCUCAUGGCGGAGCUCCUGAGGAUCUUCGUGGUAGAAGCCGCUGCCCGAGGAGUCUGCCAGGCACAGGCGGAGGACCUGGACAUUGUGGAUGUGGAUCAGCUGGAGAAGGUGCUUCCUCAGCUGCUCCUGGACUUCUAGAGGUAGCACCUGUGGCCUCUGUGCAAAGCCCAGGGUGAAUUCACACUAGCGCUGACACCUAGUUCUCCGGCUCCAGAGGAUGCGAAGAUACAGCAGCUGUUAUCCUUCCUAGUUAUUGCCCCUCGGGGGUGGGGGGACAGGUGCAGGGAAAGUGGACCAGCCUGCCUUCAGCCACAGCCCCCACCUGGAGCCUCUCGUCACAAACAAACCAGCCGCUGGCAGUGCUGGCUUCUUACCCUACAUCAAAGCUGCUGUGAAGCUCUUUAACCAGGCGACCCCAACCCCCAGGACGCCUCCCUGAGCUGUAAAUUCAUUCUUCCAAAGCAACAUCUAAAUCAACACC